CGAGCACAGUCUGUGCAACCAUGUGAAUACGUCUCCUGUGACGUUAAUUUGUGUAUUUAUACUUGUAUUUUUAUGCAAAUUAAUAAAAAUAAAAGCAGUACAAAAACAGUGGACGUUGCCUGAUGCUACGGUGAAUUCUUUUAAUGGGCGUGACAGCUGCACAUCAACAACACAAUAACAACGGAUCUACUUCCGGUUUCUGGAUGUAGCUGUCAGUCUCCAGCAUCGUUUCAUCUCGAAAUCGCUUUAUCAGCAGCGUUAGUAUGAGCGAAGGAGAAGUUUUUCAUGAGAAGCAACGUUUGGAGCUGUGCGCGAUUCAUGCACUCAACAACGUGCUCCAGGAGCGGGUGUUCACCAAAGAGACAGCCGAUGACAUCUGCAAACGGCUGGCACCACAGUGUGUGGUGAACCCUCAUCGCUCAGUGUUAGGAACUGGGAAUUAUGACGUCAACGUCAUCAUGGCAGCACUACAGAGCAGGGACCUGGCUGCGGUUUGGUGGGACAAACGCAGGACAGUACAGAGCCUUUGCAUGUCAAAAGUUCAGGGUUUCAUUCUCAACGUCCCAUCAAGAGUAUCUCUUGGAAUCGUGUCCCUCCCACUCCGACGGCGACACUGGCUUGCAGUUCGGCAAGUUAACGGACAGUAUUACAACUUGGACUCCAAACUGAAGAGUCCUGUCUGCAUUGGAGGAGAAGCAGAACUACGCACGUUUCUCAGUGAGCAGCUUUCUCAGGACGUGGCCGAGAUGCUCCUGGUCGUCCGGCGAGAGGUGGAGGAGGACGGCUCGUGGCUGAACCCUGACAACCCCAAUAAGUGAUUUCUUGUGACAGGACAAAGCAUGGGAAGAAAAACAACUCCUCUGGGAAAAAUGACUUUUUUUUUUACAGAACAGACACCUCAUGACAGAAAAGUCUUCAGGGAAUGCACUAAAACCCAUUUAAUAUCUACACUCAGAUUCACAUGGGAAAUUCCAAAGAGAAGCAGAGACGUUUGUUUACUCCUGAACUGAAGGACUGUUUUGAUUGUAACAGAAGCUAAUGCUGUGAUAUGACUGAUGUGUCUGCGCUGUUUGAACACAGGGAAGGGGCAUGGACACUACAUAGUUGGAGCUAAGUUUGGGCUAGUCUGGUGAUAGCUUCGUUAACACAGUACUGAUCUCACUGUUUUCUCAUAGGACAGCAGCAGUGUUUGUGCAUAAAAACAUCUGCAAACACAGUUCACACAUUUUCCACCAUAGCUACCUUUGUUGUAGAUUUUUACAUCCAGGUUUGCCAAAUUAAGAUCAGUUUGUGCAAGAUGGUUGUGUCAAAACUGAUCAGUUAUUAAGCAGCAAGUCUCUUGAGCAGAGACCUUUGUUUUGAACCUUCUAUGCACUGCAGAGUUUGAUUUGUUAGCGCCGUUUGUCUUUGUGUCCCUACAGGCACAGGUACUGUGAAAGCAUCACCUGCACUGCAAAAACUCAGAUCUAAGCAAGUGGAUGUGUGAACUCCUUGGUCAGAAAGAUUGUUUUUAAUAUUAUUUUUUGGCAUCUUUCACAAGAUCAACCUCUUAGCACAGGAUAUAAAAAGCAAAACUUAAGUAAAUAAGUAAAAAAGAUCUGCUAAAACGUGUACUGUCCAAACUAGCCAGUACAUUUAGAGUUUAGGACACAAAAGUAAAAUGUGUCUCGCCCAUUGACAACAUUUUUACUUAUUUGUAUUGCAUGUCAUACUUGUGCUUUUUAUAUCUUGAAAUUAGAUGUUUAUCUGGACUUGUUAGGGGAAUGUCUCUACGUAGGACCUAUUCACAUUUGCAUAAAACUCCUGCAAACAUAAAUUAAUUUUUUUUGUUAAGGCUGGGCAGUAUGGCUUUAAGUCAAUAUCACGAUACAUCUGGGGGUAUAUUGCAGUAUUUUGAAAUCUCUGGCUUGUUCAACUCUGGCAGCAAACAAUUUGUGCCCAGGCCAAUCAUACUUUUGGUUGAGCGUCUUAAGAAUUUUAAACCCUGUCUCUUUAACAACACUUACUUAUGGUAAUUGAAAGUAAUGAGAGAAUUCCAUGCUGAUUGCUCAAAACCUCCACAUAAUUUAUACUCGACCAACACAAUAUAGCGGCAAGGUUGCGACACAUCAAUUAUACUUGAUACGUCGCCAAGCCCUAUUUUUUAAGGGGGGGUUUUAGCCUGCAGCUGCAUGUACGAUGUAGCCCUAUUCACCCUUGCGAAAAACUCCUGAAAACGUCUUGAGUUUACCUGAUAAGCAAUGUGCGAAUGCAAACAGUUGAAUUUCUCACACAAAAUUUUUCCCUUCAAGCCAUCUUGCAUUUGUCCCCUCCCUCAACUAACAGGAGAACUUGAGGGGCAAGUGAGUCAGGAAGUUUUUCUGUGUAGGUUAUCCAGGAAAUUUCUUGAGAUUUUGAGGGUUGCAUGUGUAAAAAUGGCUUAAUGUGAUUUAAAAUUUCUGACCAGGAAUAAGGUAGUUGCACUUGUUUAGAUUCGAUUUUUUUUGCAGUGUGGUAAUGUACUGAAGGACUUCUAGUGUUUUUGCAUGUUUUCAGACAUUCAUCAGAAACUUUGAAACAUUUUCAUAGCCUGAUACUGUUUCUAUUUUGUUUUUGCUGCUGCCAAGGCAGCCUUUGGUUUCCUUACAUAAAGCUUCAGUGGAUGACCCUUAGGGAUUUGAAAGUGGUUGAGAUUGACAAUCCCAAAGCAAAGUCAAUUUAAACUUAUUGUUAGGCAUUUAUGCAGCUAAAAUGAAAGGUCUUCUGUUUGGGUUUCACAUAGCCAUGUCAUGAAUGAAUGCAUUUGGAAGAUCAGUUUUGAAUUUGAAAAUUGUCAGGGAGAUCAAAUAUAAUGUGCAAAAUAUGCAAAAGCACUGGUUGUAUGACUGUAAAUGUAACUUUUGUGUUUGUAUUGUGUCUCUCCUCUUUGAUCUAUGCAUAUCCAAAAAGAAUAGGAACACUCUGGUACACACUAGUGACCUAAAACAUAAACUUAUUGAAGCUUAUUUAUAUUAAAGUUUGGCCUCUUGU